GGAAUACAUGAUCUAUUCUCCAAAUGAGAAAGCUGUAGUCGUCAUACAGGAAUGUCAAAAAUAUCAAAUACGCUGACGGACAAAAAGAUGUUCAGCGAUGCUGUGACUCUGGUGGAGUACGAUGAGGAUUGGGCGAGAAUACAGCAAGAAAGUCGAAUCGAAAGCAUUGAGUUCAGGUGGGAUCGAGGUGGGCAUGAAAGACGAUCACAAGUUCCAGAAGCCAAUACUUCUGAACAAAACCGUCCUGAGUCCAACUGCGGUGAGUCUGGCCUCGCAGAUGAAAAAUUGGACCGAUGCGGUACCUGUAAAUUGAAGCCAACCGAAUUUGGUUGAUCUGUGUGUGUUUUUUAGAUGCAAGAUCGACCAGCGUGGAG